AGGACGCGUGGACGUUUUACUUGACGUGAAGGAAAGAGAAACUCCGAUACCAGAGCUUGGUGGAGCAGUGGAGACGCUUCCACGCGAAUCUCGCAGUCCCACUCGUCUUCCUCCUUCCCUCUCUUCCUUUGAAUACCUUACCUCUCUCGGUCUCGCUCCCUCCCUCGAUUCAAGCCUAUUCGUCUUCUUACGCUGUGUCUUGAAACCCUAAUCUUUUUCAUUUCAAUCCCUAAAGGUGAAGUCUUUAUUGCGUGUUCGUCUUCUCUGUCUUCGUUUCUACUCUUAUUCGUCUAAUUUGCGAUCUGGGUUAGUGUUUUUUUCUUACGGAUUUUAGUGGGUCCGUGUUAGAUUAUCGAGAUAUUGAUGUAAUUCGAACUUGUGCGCCGCUGGAAAAACUGAAUUUUGUGUAGCUAUGACUUUUCCGAUUUCUGGUUAGGUUCAUGAGUCAUUGAAAAUUUGUUGAAUUGUAUAAUUGAACUUGUCAGAAUCCAUCUGUGUAUUCUUAUGUUUUUGAAUUCUAGGGUUAUCGAGAGCAUUUCGUUCUUUCUUAUACAUUUAUGCUAACAUUUUUAUAUAAAUUUCUAUGGAUCUGAGAUGUGUCAAAGGUCUUUGUUCCAUGUGGAUUAGAUUAGAUUCUAAGGUUUCUCCUUUGUUUGUUUAAUAAUUGAUUCACUGUCAUGUCGCGUGAGUUGUUCUGUGAAGCAUGUUCCUUUUGGUUGUCUUGUAACAUGUCUGCACAUCUUUUGUUAUUUUUUUAUUUUCUUUUAUGUAAUCUUAUUAACUGUAUUUGAUUUGAUGCGAGACUUUGUCUCACCAGUUUUUAUUCUUGGUAUCUCUAUACAUUGAUUCUCCAUCUGUUUGCUUUCCAUAACUUGUCGAUUUGGUUUUGUCAUUGUGUUAGUUAUCUUGUGAGUUUGAAUCACUUUUCUAGGCUUCCAAGCUAGUGAGGUGUGAUUUUGAGAUUAUGGCCAAAGCUAGGAAGGCAGGACGUAGGGUUCCUUCACGACGCUUCAGGGCAAGAGCAAAACCAUACAAAUUUCCAUCUUCUAAAAGACUUGUGGCGAGAAACAUGUUUGCGGAAGAUUGUUCAAAGUGUCUAGAGAAGAGGGAUUGGGAGAAUGUUAUAUGUUCGGUUUGCAUGGAGUGUCCACACAACGCUGUCCUUCUUCUCUGCUCAUCUCAUGACAAGGGAUGUCGUCCUUACAUGUGUGGAACCAGUUUCCGGUAUUCUAAUUGCUUAGAUCAGUACAAGAAAGCGUCAGCUAAGCUGAAGACAUCGGGCCAUCAACAGAUCAAUAAGUCUGAGCUUGGAAAUCUCACAUGCCCACUUUGUAGAGGACAGGUGAAAGGUUGGACAAUCGUACAGCCUGCUCGUGACUUUUUGAAUCUUAAGAAGAGGAUCUGUAUGCAGGAGAACUGUGUUUAUGCUGGAACCUUCAAAGAGCUGAGGAAACACAUGAAAGUGGACCACCCUAGUGCGAAGCCGCGUGAAGUGGAUCCUGAUGUGGAGCAGAAUUGGAGAAGGCUUGAGAUCGAGCAUGACCGGGACGAUGUUAUGAGCACGAUUAGGUCGACAAUGCCUGGUACAGUGGUGUAUGGUGAUUACGUAAUUGAAAGGAACAAUGCCAACGGUUCAGAUUCAGACGAGGGUGGUGAUGAUGAUGGGAUCGAUGCUGCAUUUGGUAGGAAUCUUGUGAAUGUUUUCCUUCUGUUACAUGCUUUUGGGGCAUCAGGUAAUCAGAUCAGACGCUCUGAUUCAGAUUCGAAUGACUCGACAACAAUCAACCGAGGAACAAGUGAGCUGAAUUUCUCUGAAGAAGAAGAGGAAGAGGAGGAGGAGGAGAGGCAUAGUAACAGUAACUCUUUGGCAAGUCGAAUGAGGCGACAAGGACGCGUUCUGCUGGGACGUUCAGGUAGGAGACGUAGAGAUAGAGAAGCUAACCAGAACACAGGUCCUCCUCCUAGAUGAGAGAGAAUCACACGAAUUCAAAAGAAAACCCUGUCUGAUUUUGGGUUUCAGGUAAGCUUUAUGGUAUGGUUAGGUACAAAUGUAGUUUCGACAAGUUUAAAACAAAACAAAAAAAGGCUUUUGGCCUUUCUGCUAUCACCAUUGGAGAAUUUGGGAAUUUGACUCGAAAUUCUUUCAUAUGCUAGAGAAGCAGGCUUGCAAUCUCAUGUUUUAUUUACUGUAUUCUGAUGUAACUUUCUGGGUGGAAAAUUCACAAAUAUCUAUCCUUGUGAAUAAGCAUGAUCAGUGAUGAUGACCAAUGAAGUCUUUUAGCGAAUUAUGAAAUUGUGUUUCCUUGUGUUUAUAGAUUCCAUGUGCGCUUAGAGACUUACCUAUGAAUCGUUGUAGAGUCUUCUAAGAGACUUAGACCACACACACUCACAAGUGUUAUGUGUAUGUUUCUCUUAAUAACAUGAUUUUAUUUUG